CUGUUCCCCUCUCCAACUAAGGUGUGAUUUCACACUUCAAUACCAUUUCUUUUUAUAUUUUAAAUAACCCACAGGCACCCCUACCCCACUUCUUUAUUACUUUCUCUCUCACUCUGUCUUAAACAGAAAGAAAAGGAUGAAUUUUCAAAAUGAAACCAGUGGGUAUGGAAGUCAACAAAGUGUUUUAAAUGCACAAGAUAAAUCUAUAGAUAUCAUUUCCCCUCGAACCCAUGCCCAUGUAGAUGUAAGUACAUGUGCAUGUGCAUAUGCAUGUUCAUGUUCCUCAAGUUUCCACACUUCAUCCUCCUAAAUUUUUAAUUUUCUUUGAGAAGAAGAAAAAAAAAAAAAAAGAUCUAGUGGAUCUUCAUCUUAUUAUUUUAAUCCAGUAUCAUUUUGUUUCUUUCUGACUUUCUCAAAGUAGCUUUAUGAAUAUUAAUUUAUUUGUAUCACUCUUUGUAUAAGUGUUGGUCAUCAAGCUAAUAACAUUUCCUACAUCUUCUGCUUCUUUUUCAAGAAUCCUACCUCUUAGUUUUCCACUUUUGCUUAUGGAACCAACCCAGAAAAGCCUCCAUAUAUUUGAGUCCCCAGCUUUUGCAUCGCUCACAAAGCAACAGAUUUCAAGCUAUCACUCACCAUUUUCUAGUGUUUCAGAUUCUGCUUCUCCAAUUUUAGCUGUUGCAGUUCUGAGUGUGAUGGGGACUGUUUUUUUGCUAUUGGGUUACUACAUUUUCAUCAGCAAAUGCUGUUCUAACUGGCACCAUUUUAGUCUGCUGAGGCGGUUUUCGAGUUUUCAUUCCCAACAGCAUGAAGAUCCUUUCAUAGCUCUCUCACCAACCAUGUGGAAUCGCGGGCUCGAACAGUCGAUGAUUGGCCAAAUCCCAACUUUUCGAUUCGAGAAAGACGAUGAAGGUAGUGGUCUCUAUGGCUGCGUGGUUUGUCUAAGCGAGUUUCAAGAGAACGAGACGUUGAGAGUUCUACCAAAAUGUAGCCACACAUUUCACUUGGACUGCAUUGAUGUCUGGCUGCAAAGCAACUCCAAUUGCCCUCUUUGCAGAACAAGCAUUUCAGGCACAACAAAGCCUCCAAUUGAUCACAUUGUAGCUCCAAGCUCAUCUCCUCAAAACUCUCAGCUCCUUUCCAACAGCCUAAUGGGCAGUGAUGAAGAUUUUGUAGUCAUUGAAUUGGGUAGUGAAGAUGAAGUUGUUUCCUCAACAGGGCAACAAGAAAGUACUAUUUCAAGAGAAGCACUGGUUCAGCAGCCCAGAUACCAUUCUCCUAAAAAACUUGAGAACAAGGUUGGAAAAUCCAAAACUCGGAAGUGUCACCAUGUUUCAAUCAUGGGAGAUGAGGGCAUCAAUGUUAGAGCAAAAGAUGAACAGUUCUUCAUCCAACCCAUCAGAAGAUCCUUUUCCAUGGAUUCUGCAGCUGAUCAACAGCUUUACUUAACCGUUCAAAUGAUAAUACAUCAAGAUAGGCAAAUCAAUGAGUCCAGUAGCAGUAGUAGUGCAGAAAAUGACAGCAGAAACCGAAGAUCUUUCUUCCCGUUUCGAUCCGGACGAGGAUUCAAAAACACGAUUCUUCCACUCGAGUCAGAUAUGUAAAUAAGGAUUGAUUGGUUGCAUUCAGAUUUAGUUUCUGUUUGCUUUGGAUUUCAGAAGGUAGUGAAAAAGUUAAUAGGUGAAUGAGAUAUUACAUACAAAACAAAUGGUGUUAUUUGUAAUUUUUUAUGAAAUUUUACACAUUAUGGAAAAGAGAUGAAAAAUAGAACUUGUUGAAACUUGGCAUGCUA